AUGUCAGAACUUCCCGAAUGCUGCAGAACUGGUUUCCUUCACGAAGGCACACCAACUGGUACCACCGAAAAGCUCCAUGGAUUAGACGUCUACGUUGCUCGUCCUGUUCCCGAAAAUGAAAAGCCAAAGAAGGCCGUUGUAAUUUACAGUGAUGUUUUCGGAUGGGAACUGGUCAAUUUACGACUGAUUGCUGAUUCGUUCGCCAAGGCAGGGUACACCGCCUACCUUCCCGACUUUUUCACGGGUACUGCCAUAUCAGUCGAAGGUCGUGAUGACCUCCUCGACUAUCAACAACCUAAAACUUUUGGAGAGCAGAUCAAGCGUGGACUGGCUAUCCUCAAGGUGAUCCCAUCUGGGAUCCCUUUCAUGGCGAGAAAUGGGGACUCAAAGAUUGUGCCAUUGGGGAAUGCGUUUCUCGGUGGCCUCAAAAACGACGGUUAUGAUAUCGGGGUUGUGGGGUACUGCUGGGGAGGUCGAUACACGAUUCUCCAAUCCCACGGGGACCUGAUCAAAUGCUUUGUCGCUGCGCACCCUAGCAGAGUUUCCGUUCCCGCCGACAUACACUCAAUCACAAAGCCCGGUCUGUUCCUCUGUGCAGAAUAUGACAAUGUCUUCAGUGCGGCGGACAGGAAAACGAGCGAGGAGAUACUAGAAGAGAAAGUGAAGACUGGGAACGGCCCCGCGUACAAGUUUGUUUGCUAUGAAGGGAUGGCGCAUGGGUUUGCGGUCCGGGGUAAUGACAAGGACGAGAAAGUCCAGAAAGCUCGAAAGGAUGCAUUUGAGCAGUGUGUUGCCUGGUAUAACCAGCAUUUGUAA